AUGACCACCCUCCACGAUGGCGUCACCGGCGACGACUGGCGAGAAGCGGCGCAACUCUACAAGAAGCUUACGUUUGGCGUGACCAUGAGCCCCAUCACUGUGAUGCUGGAUAGAAUGAACGCCAUGCUCCCCUUCUCUCAAGCAACAGGAAUCUACGACAACGGCACCGGUCCUGGAUCGGUCAUCACCCGAGUCAUCAGUGACUACGGCUCCAGCAUACCUCCUUCAGCUUCACUAUCAUGCUCCGACUUCUCAGGCCCUAUGAUUGAACAAGUUCAUAAAUCCCAGGCAGAGGAAGUUGCGAAAGAUUCAAAGUCUCCGUGGAACAGAUUAGAUGCCCAAGUGAGGAAUGCAAUGGAUCUUGAAGGCGUCUUGGAUGAGUCGCAGAGUCAUGUCACGGCAGGUUUCGUUUAUUUUAUGACUCCGGACCCACAGAAAUGUCUGAGUGAAAGCAGACGAGUUCUCCAGCCCGACGGGGUCCUGUGCUGCUCUUCCUGGGUGGACAGCGAGUGGAUGAAUCUUAUGAGACUUGUGGAGAAGAUCCGACCAGGCAUUUUAAUGCCUGYCAUCCCUGAGGAGUGGAGGAGCGUUGCUGCUUUGCGAGCAGAACUCGAAAAGGCUGGAUUCCGAGACGUCAACGCUGAGGAGGUCGAGGUGACAAUGGAGUUUGGAGGGCACGAUGCUUUUGUCGACGUUCUACUCACAAAAAUGCCCGCCAUGGCGAACCUUGUCAAGGACUUCUCGGAGGAGGAAAGUACAAGGCUCGAACAACUCGUGUUGGAGGGUCUCCAGCAGGUUGCACCUGAGCAGCCAGGUUCCAUGCGAGGUACGGCUUUGGUAGCAAUAGGUCGCAAGUAG